AUGUUCUUCGCCAAAGCUGUUCUUCUUGCUUGGACCAUCGCCAUCCAAGUGACAUUUGCCUACCCUGUCCGGACGUUCGAUUCUCGGGACGAAAAUCUGUUGGAAGCAAGAGAAGAGCUAGUGAGCUUGCAAACACGGUCGCCAGAAUCAAUAGAUGUGUUGGGUGACAUUCUCUUCUUGCGUUCUACGGAUGAUGCCGAAUGGGAAGAUGAACUAGAAAUGCGCCAUAAUCCGCUCAUUGCGCCAUUGAAAGGUACCGUGGGUCGGAUCACGUCAAAUGUCAAAGCCGUCACCCAUAAGAUCGCACAUCCUGUGGAAACCUGGACAAAAAUAAGGAACCCGCCUCUGGAUAGGGUUGCCAGCACACGGUCUCUGUACGGAGAUAAGCCAACUCUUGUCGACAAAAUCAAGGCCUCAGUGCACCCCACAAUCAAAGCCGUACUGAACCAUGUUACCGGGAGAAAGGAUUCAACUGAUUCCACAUAA